ACCUGAUCGCCGCAGUGGUGGGGGUAACGUCGCGCUCCGCGCUGUCACUCACUUUUAGUCCGCCAAGGCGCUACAAGCCGGAUGGUUCGUUGUUGUCGGCUCUUUCAUUCACCCGAUGUCCAUUUGUUUUCACAUUGUCUAUCACGGGCGGCCGACGGACGACUGACGGAGUGACACGCGCGAUUUUUCUGUGACUCCGCGGAACCUGUCAAACUUUUUGACACACCACCAACCACCACUACUCUCUCAUGUAUACGAUUAUUAUAUUAUGUGAUUCUGGUGAUGUUUAGCCCCUAACCUAAAUUGUUGUUGUUGCUGUUGUUGUUGUUGUUGUUGUUGUUGUUAAAUGGACGAUUUCUGUUGUUUGGUGCUGCAGUGAAAAUUCGGCAAAAUUUUGCGCCACUUGAGGAGGCUGGAGGCGCCUGCCCCCAUCACAGCCCCCCACAAGAUGCCCAGACGGAAGCAGGACUGUCCCAAACGCAUGAAAUGGGAAGGAGGCGAGGAGGGCUCACCGGAGGAGGGGGAUGACAAGGCCGAGGGCGAGGAGGAGGCGGGGUCGAUGACGCCCACCAAUUCCGCUUCGCCCGCCCCUGUUGAGGGCUCGCCGCCGCUGGACGCCCUUUCGCCCGGCAGCCUCAACGACGACCCGACCUUGAAUCGAGAGCCGUCAAGGUGCAACUCGCACGAGUCGGGCGACAUGCUGUUCCCGGGGGGCGUCGCGCUGCCGCCCUCCAUGCCGGCGCUGUUGCCGUCCCAGAUGGCCGCCUACUUGAACGCGGCCGCCCACGCCGUGCAGUCGCACCGCCUCAUGAUGACCUCCCCCCUGCCCAGCGGCUUCGGCAGGGCGGCCGUGUCGCCCCUCAUCAGCUCCACCUCCAGUCCGCCCAGUUGCGAGCUCUCCCCCAACACCGAGGGCAUCCUGGACUUCAGCCGCAAGCGGCCCGAAGGGGCGGCGGCCAGCGGCGCCCCCCUGGACCUGUCGGUGGGCAGUCGCAAGAGGGCGGCCGAGGAGCUGCUGCCGCAGCCGCCCCAGCGCAAGGCCAAACCCAGCGUGCCCGCCUGGCCCUCCUACUUCAUGGCGGGGCUGUCGCCCAAAAGCCCCGCCCCCGACCUGUGGAACGGCAAGGCCAAGGCGGCCGCCCCCAGCGAGGCGGCCAAGGCCCUGGAGAAGAUGAGCGAGCUGAGCAAGAUCGGGGGCGACGAUCUGUUCCGGAUGGCCAGCGGCGUGCCGCCCAGCCCCUCCAGCAACCGGAACAGCGCGUGGCAGAGCCACUGGCUGAGCAAGGGGGCCGAGCAGGCCAAGGACGUGCUCAAGUGCGUCUGGUGCAAACAGAGCUUCGCCAGUCUGGCCGCCCUCACCACUCACAUGAAGGAGGCGAAGCAUUGCGGCGUGAACAUUCCGCAGACGCAGGCCCCGCCCCC